GAAAAAUUAUUACAAUACAGUUAAUCUAAAUUUUUCAAGAAAUUUUUGACAAUUUUAUGAAAAGUCGUCAUCAUAUCUUGAGAAAAUUCGUAGCCCUUGGUCGACCAUAGGAACAGAUGAGAAUGGAAGCCAAUAUGAUUAUUAUAACUUGUUUACUUUUGUUACCGACAAUCUUUGGCGAUGUUGAAAAAAAUGAAACGACAUUUGUCCCAACCCGUGAAUGGCAAACUGUGAAAAAGGGUACACCUCUACCAGGGGGGUUACAUAUAAGACACAAUUUUCAAACUGGAGUAACAGAAGCUAAAUUAAUGGACAAUGAAAAUGUGGAAGAAAAAAAUGCAAAUGGAACACUGAAUACUUCAAGUACUAAUUCUUUAACAUUACAUCCUGAAAAAGCAAUCCUUGAAAAAAAGGAUCCUGUACCCAUAGAAAAAUCUUAUUUGUUUAAACAUCCAAUCGAAGAAUUAACAGCUAGAUUGAAAAAAAUUACACAGGAUGAUGGAAAAAAUAUACCAGAAUUAGAUGAUGAACACACACUACGAGUAAAACAAAAGUUUAAAGAUUAUGAAACUUUGAAGAAAGAGUUUAAAGCACUUGAAGUAAACAUUACAACUGAUUCAGAAUUGUUAAACAAUUAUUUUCAAAAGUUUCAAAUUCAUAAAAAUGGAAUCACCUUAGGAACAUUGACAACUGCAGAAACAGAAGAGGUUUUAGAUAUUUUAUACAAUUUGGAAUACUUGCUUCAUCAUAUUGAUAAUGCUAAAGUUUUUGCUAAUAUGCAAGGCAUGAAUAAAAUAAUAUCUCCAUGUCUCAAUGGAACAAACAACGAAAUAAAGACUGAGGCUUUGAGGGUUUUAGGUGUAGCUGUACAAUCUAACCCUAAUGUACAAUUAAAAGCAUUAGAAAAUGAUCUUGUUCAGAAACUUUUACAUAUAUUGACCACACAUAGUAAAGUGGAAGUGAAGUCUAGAUGUCUUUUUGCUUUAAGUGCUUUGAUUAGACAGUUUCCUGCAGCACAGAAAGUAUGGAUUGAUCAUGGAGGAAUAGAAAUAUUUGGAAAAAUGUUAAUUAAUGACCAGUUACAGGUACAAAUGAAAGUUAUGAAUCUCAUCAAUGACUUAAUUAUAGAGAGACAAAACUUAGAAAAAAUUACUGAUGCUAUACAACAUCAAUUAAAAGUAAAUGCAUAUGCAACUGCAAAUAUUGAAAAAAAAUUAUUAACGUACGAAUAUUGUAAUCAUUUGUGCAAUCUCAUGAUAACAAGUUUCAAAGAUGGACUUAGUGAUCAAUCAGCAAUUGAUAAUUAUGAAUUUCUUGAAACUAUUUCCAAUAGUAUGAUCACUGCUGCUUCUAUUUGUUCAGACCGGUUUAAAGAAAGUAAAGAUGAAUUGCUUCCCAUCAUACAACAUUUAUUAAAUUUUUAUGAAGACUUAAAUUUAUUAGUAGACAAACUUCAAACUGAAAAUCCUCACGAUGAAUUAUAA